UAGCAUUUUGCCAGCAUCUCUUCCUGCGAGGGGAUCUUAGGUACAUGGACACUUCCAGCACCAGCGCGUGGGCGUUCUACUACCUGCAGGCCGAGGACGGCGAGGAUAGAUCGCACCCGAACGCGUUCCGUAUCCCCAAAGCGAGUCCCGGAGCCGACAUCACCCUUGCCGACGUGCACAAGCACUUCCCACUGGCGAACCCACAUGCGUUUCAUUUCCGAUUCCGCAUCAACAGUGCCAAGGGAGACACGUUCUUCUGGAUCGACAUCACGUCUCCGUCCCAAGUCGUGCCUCUCGUGAACGGUCGCGUGAUCUCCAAGGUGCUGCGUCUCCAGCGACCGGUCAAGGUUGGCCUCGUGUUGCAUCGCAAGCCCGUCCUCAAAUGGAUCGACUCGUUGCCUUCCAAACCGACUUCGUCUCUGUCAUCUGUGCAACCCAUCUCUUCCCAGCGAACCAACACCAACUCGUCCAUCGACCGACCGCAAAAGUACUCGGACGCGUCCUCGUCGCCAGGUCCACCCGCGCCGCCCGCUCGUCCUCCCCCAGCAGCCACAGCUCCGUCCUCGUCCAAGCCGUCCACAGAAAGCACAGAGUCCUUCGAAGACUUCUUGUCUGGAGGCGGCGCUCCUUCCAAACCAGCUCCCGACGUGGUCGAUCUCAUGGGGUCAGGUACAGCAGCGACCACAUGGCCGAACAAAACGCAGCCGCCGUCUCCUUCGUUGCCCCCUCCGUCCACCACCCCUCGUCCGACAACCCCUCCGAAACCGGCGGCGGCGGCCAAGAACUUUGAAGACGACUGCGGCCAGACCGUCGGUCCCGUGUCGCUGGCCGAGAUGGAGAAGCACAAGGUGAGCUCCGACGGCACGCAAGUGUACAACCCAGAUCUCGUGGACAAGUCGACCAAAUCGUCGGCGGUGCGCGCCGCCAUGGAGGAGCGGGAGCGCACCAAGGCGGCCGAGAUUGAGCGGGCGCGGCAGGACCUGCUCCGUCGGGAUGACGAAAAGGCCGCGAUGGACAACGCCAAGGCGCACAGCGUGACCGUGCUCGGUCCCAAGAUGAAGGCAUGGGCAGAAGACAACGGCCGCAAGAAAAAUAUCCGCACGCUGCUAAGUACCAUGCACCACGUGAUGUGGCCAGAUUCAAAGUGGAUCGAGGUGAAUAUGGGCAAACUGCUCAUGCCGAACGAUGUCAAGAAGGUGUACCGCCGAGCGAUCAUGGUGGUGCACCCAGACAAGGCGGGCGGCCGGACUCCCGAUCAGCUUGUGGUUGCUGAGCGCAUUUUCGAUGCACUCAACACGGCCUGGGAUGAGUUUUCACGAACAGAACUGAAAUAAUCACCAGUUAUAGUUGCCAUUGCAUAUGAAGGUUCAGGUGUUUGUUUACAAGGUGUGUUGCGUUGAGUGUAUGG